AUGUCCGGAGGAGUGGAUUCCUCAGUCACUGCAAAAUUACUAACGGACAAAGAUUAUGACCUAUCAGCAGUGUUCAUGCGCAAUUGGGAUACGCGCGACGAGUCUGGUUCAGAUCAUGGAUGCGAGUGGGAGAAAGACUGGGAAGAUGUCAGACGCGUGUGCGGGGUGCUCGAUAUACCUUGUAAAAUGGUGGAUCUCUCCCGCGAGUACUGGACGCGGGUAUUCGAACCCUCCUUGAAGUCCUGGGAGAGCGGUAUCACGCCCAAUCCUGACGUGUGGUGUAAUAAAGAAGUUAAAUUUGGCGCAUUGCUGGACCGCCUGACCGAGGAUCCUGGGCUUUCGAACACUCCAUGGCUUGCAACUGGCCAUUACGCAAAUAAAGAUUGGAAAUACCAUAACGGCGUUCCGCGACCGAGACUUCUUCGUCCUCGCGACGUGACAAAGGACCAGACAUAUUAUCUGUCUUCUGUCCCUGAACGUAGCCUUUCCCGUGCUAUUUUCCCUCUAGGAUCAAUAAAAAAGACAGAAGUCAGAGAGCUCGCCGUGAAGUGGAACUUACCAACGGCUGCCAGACAAGAAAGCAUGGGCAUAUGUUUCGUGGGGGAGAAACGUAAAUUUCAUGAUUUUAUAUCUCAAUAUAUACCACCUAAGCCUGGGCCGAUCAUCGAUCUGGAAACAGGACUCCAGGUGGGCGAACAUGCAGGGCCGUGGAAUUUCACUAUUGGACAGGGCGCUAAAGUGAAGGGUCUCAAAGAGAAGACCUUUGUUGUGAAGAAAGACAUCCCAAAGAAUAUAAUAUACGUCGUACCUGGAACAGAUCAUUCAGCGUUAUACGCACAAUCCCUGACCAUUCGCGAUUGGACGUGGAUAUGGGCCGACAGCCCACCAAUAGAGCUCAUGCGUCCUGGGGGCCUCAAAGCACGUAUAAAAUUCCGACAUGUGAUGUCUGACAUAGGUUGCUCAGUGUACUCUGACAACGAUUGCAUUCGCAUCGAUUUCGAUGAGCCGCAAAAGGCCAUUGCACUAGGACAAGUUGCAACGAUUUACAUUGAAGACUGGUGUUUAGGAUGCGGUACAAUUGUGGAAGUAGCUUAGGUGUCGCAUUGUAUUUCAGAUAUCAUGAAACGACGAGCUCAACAGGUAAUGAUGUUCGUACCUGACUUUUGAUGCAAAUUUUCACGUUUGAUCUAGCUCAGAUUAUUGCGAUAGGGUUUUUCGUGGAAUCCUGUCGCCUGAGUAUCUGCAUGAACUAUGUGCAGCUG